CUCUACAAACUCAGUACUGGCCUAUCUUUACCUCGCCACUGCCAUGAGUUCUAUGCGAAGUUGUUUCGUUUCUCACGACAUCGCUGCCGUGAGUUUGUCUGCGACGGAAUUCGCUGCGUCUUCUUUGUAGCACCAUGGUGUUCUUCACUCUACUUCUCCUUCUACUCCUCAACUGCAUCGUUGCGAGAGAGUUGUUCAACCAUACCAUCGAUGAUAUGCUCGGGGAUGAGCUGACUGGGUUCCAAGUAGACUAUAGUCCGGCUAGUCAGCCUUCUAACGGGAGCGAACUCGUGUGGAAGAACGCCUCCCAUUGCAACGAUUGCGCCAUCGUGCCGGACCACUCAUUGGCAAUGAACGGCACAUGGACUGGGGUGACAUACUAUCCGUCUCUUGGAAAUACGACUGCUCGGCUUGCAUUCCAUGGCUCUGCGAUAUACGUCUACCUCAUCAUCUCGAACUAUCCAAAGAGCACGGGAUUUGUGAGCGAUGCGAUAUGUGAUUUCCGAAUGGAUGGAGAAGUCGUGGGGAGCUAUAGCCAUGAAACUGACGGGUCGUAUCAUGUUCAGUACGAUGUUCUUGCGUAUAGCAAUGCAUCUUUGAGCGACGAAGAUCAUACGCUGCUCAUCGAGACUACGGGGACGGAGCCGUCAUACAUUAUUUUCGAUUAUGCUGUUUAUACGUACGUCGUUGGUAUGGUCGCUCGAUUUCAUACUGACUACUUGAAGGAACACGCAGUCCUCUGUCCUGCUACCAAACCUGUCCACACAACAAGCCUCGUUUAUUUCAAGUAAAUCUGUUUCUCCUUCAUCAGGAGUUCCUUCCGCUCUCUCCUUGGCCGCCACUUCGUCCUCGAGCUUAGCCAAAACCUUCGGAGGCGCCAUUGCAGUAGCAGUAUUGGCAUUCGUUAUUUUUGCGGCGUU